AUGGGCCGGUUAUUCCCAACAAGCCACGCCACGCUCCAAGCCGCGCCGAUGGCGAUCGGCUUAUUCGUUGCCGUAUCUGCUCUCGUCGCGCUCUGCGCCAAGCACGCGACUCGAGUCACUAGAAAGCUCGGCGGGGGUAGCGGCAGUGGCAGCGAGACUAGUAAUUCGAGAAUCGCGCCGAGGUUUCCUUUCGCAUCGCCGAAGCAGCUGCUGACGACUCUCGGCAACAAGGCUUUCCCUCUUAUCAACAAGAAAAGAAUCGCCGAGGAGUCUCCAGCCGAAGCCGACGGCUUGUGGCAGAGGCAGAUCUGGAUGGGCGAGAAGUGCGAGCCGUUGAAUUUCUCUGGGGUGAUUUACUACGAUAGCGAUGGGAAACGUGUGCCGGAACUCCCGCCGAAAUCGCCACAUCGCAGCCCGUGGCCGAGCACAUGCUCUUUACCGGUAGGUUUGGGACAGAAGGACGGGAAUUAA